UUUUCCAGCACUCCAACAUUAACAUAUAUGCUUUGCUUCCGGUAAUGGGCGAGAGAAGAGAAAAAGCUUCUCUUCCUCUAAAUUCUUCUUCAGUCUGUCUCCCUUUUCCGUCCACUCCUGUAUCUUAUUUUUCCGUCGAUGGCAGUCGAUGCGGUCCCGUCCACCACCGCCGCGCCUGUUGGCGGCGUAACCAACUCCUGCCACUUCCAUAAAUAGCUUUUCGUAUGCACCCCUUCAUCUCUUCUCUCGAAGGCAACUAUCCCUUCCAUUUCCCCCCUUUGAUCUCGGAGGUAAAUCUCAUGUUUGGACGUCGUUCUACUCUGUAGAGAUCGAGAACGAUGUGCGCUUUUUUUACCCGAGCAUUGCUAAUGGUCUUUGGCUAUGUUUACCCCGCUUACGACUGCUACAAGACGGUAGAACUCAAUAGACCAGAGAUUGAGCAGUUGCGAUUCUGGUGUCAAUACUGGAUAUUAGUUGCCAUACUAUCAGUGUUAGAGAGAAUUGGUGACACCUUUAUUUCUUGGUUUCCAAUGUACAGUGAAGCAAAACUAGCAUUUUAUAUAUAUUUGUGGUAUCCUAAAACAAAGGGAACAACAUACAUCUAUCAAAACUUCCUUCGACCCUUUAUUGCAAAGCAUGAAACUGAGAUUGAUCGUACUUUGCUGGAGUUUAAAACAAGGGCUGGGGAUGUAAUGGUACAGUUUUGGCAGAAGGCGGCAAAGUAUGGCCAGACAAGGUUCUCUGAAAUCCUGCAUUACCUGGCUUCACAGUCACAAUCACCGCGAAAACAUACUGUUCAGCUUGGACUUUCUCAACAAGGAUCAAUGGCGCUGCCAAACCCUAUCAAAAUCAAUGUGCAAGAGAAGCCCAUGGAAGACCUGUCUACAUCACGGUCCACUGGUGUUCGUUCUCAAGCCCAGCGACAAACUUGUCAAGCAGCAGCUUUGGGAACCAACACCCAUCAGCCACAUGCUGGAGGCAAAGCAGCAGCGAUGGAGGUUGUCAUAGCUUCUACUCCAGGUAAUGAAGUAAUGGCAAAUGAUGUGGGGAAACAUACUAAUGGCUCGCGUAAAGUUAAGAAAAAAACAGGAUAAUAUUGCUUAGUGUUGUCUUUAUUUCUAUUCUCUACUUGCAUUUAUAUAGUUAACACUGCUGAAGGAAAGCGUUGCUUGUAAAUACUCUUGUAAUAAAUGAACAUGGCAUUAAAUUCCUUUCA